AUGGCGGCGGCAGCGGCCUUGCUGGGCCGCACCGUGGGCCUGGGCCUGGGCCUGGUCGCGGCCGCGGGCGGGCGGCGGCUCCUCCGCUGCGGGGCGGGAGCGGCGCUGCGAGAGCGGGGCACCGGGACCCUCCUCGACGCUGCCGUCCUGUGCCGGCCCGGUGGCGCGGCGGAGCGCUGCCUGUCACGGGGGACCAGCUCGAAUCCGCGCCCGAAGCGGCCCCUCACCGCCUAUUUUCGUUUCGUGAUGGACAACCGGCCGGCAUUCAAGGAAAAGAACCCAGAGGCCAGCAACACAGAACUGGUUAAAAAACUGGCAAGUGCAUGGAAGGAGUUACCAGCAUCACAGAAACAGGUUUAUGAGGAAGCAAGGAAGACAGACUGGAAGAGAUAUGGGGAGCAGCUGGCUGCUUACAAAGCACAACUGACCCCAGCCCAGGCUGCAGCUCUGAAAGAGGAAAGGAGAAAACAGCUGGCAAGGAGAAGAUCAAUCAGGGCAAAAAGAGAAUUGAAUCUGCUUGGAAAACCUAAAAGAGCUCGUAGCGCCUUUAACAUCUUCCUGUCAGAAAAUUUUCAAGAAAGUGAGGGAAAUUCACCUGUGGCAAAGCUGAAGAAACUGUUUGAUACGUGGAAAAAAAUGUCUGCUGCCCAAAAGCAGCCAUACUUGCAGCUUGCUCAGGAUGAUAAGGUUCGGUAUGAGAAUGAAAUGAAAUCAUGGGAAGCAAAAAUGAUUGAGCUGGGACGUGAGGACCUGGUGCGUUCCAGAAGGCAAACGUUGAAAAAGAAACCUGCUGAAACUGCAAAGCAAACUAAAACAGCCAAAGCCAAAGCUUCCUCAAGUGGAAAAAAGGCAAAAUUAAAAAAAUCUGAAGAAUAGAAAAUCCCCUUUGGUUGUCUUAUUUCUGUCCUGCUGUGUUAAUGCUGCAGUCAGCAUUAGCACUGGAUGUGGGAAGCCCAUGAAGGGCCUUGGGGAAGGUGAUCAGGUAAGAGAGGAGGCACUGCCUCCCAGAACUGACUGAAACAAUCACUGCAGGUGUAGCCUGAACUGUAGAAUAGCAAUUAACUAAUCAAGCUGUGAAUUCUGAUAGCCACUGACAGCAGCAGUGCUCUCCAGUAACGGUUGAUAAUAUCCAGCUUUUAUAAGGUAUUUUUAAUGAAAAAUAAAAAUUACUUUUUGUUUAUGAAAGAAAGGAUAUUCUGCAAUGUUACCAUCUAAAUUCUGUAAAUAAGAGCUGCAAUCUGAGUUAACACUGCUGUGUUGUAUUCCCUCCAUGUUACUGCUAGUGAGAUGUUCUACAUUUCAUCAGGCACAAGAAACAUAAAAUGCUAGCUUUUAUUUUUGCAUCUGUCUUUUUGUACCUGGAAAUCUGUGUAGGCCACUUCUGUUGCAUUUAAGUACCAUGUCAGUUUUGUACGAACGUACCUUUAUUGAUUUUGAUUUGUAUUUGAUUUUGUGGUUUUGUUUGGAUACAUACACACAUUUUUGUCUUGUUGUUGUCACAUUUGGGACGACCUAGAAGGAAAAGAAAUAUGUGAGCUGCUUGGACUUUGAGUUUUGUUGUAAUAAAUACAGGUAUUUUGAAGAA